AUGGCUUCGAAUCUACCGGGAAUCAGCACGGGGGCCACCCCGCAGAGUGUCGAGAAAAUCACUCGGAUCGCUCAGGACUAUGAGUACAACUCAUCUAUCCCGCUGCGUUAUUGGCUAAGAACUGCUGCGACGCUGAUACGAGAGGCGGCAAUCUACGAACGUGAAGGCCACGACGAGCAAGCUUACCUGCUGCUCUUUCGACAUGCCCAGUUGGUCCUAGUCCAUCUAUCGAAGCACCCCGAUGCCGCCAAGGAUGACAAAGACCGCAAGGCGUUGGUGGCAGCCGAGAAAGAGGUUCAGAAGAAUCUCGCGACGCUAGAGAGGUUGAAGCCGCGGAUCAACAAGCGAUAUGAGCGACAUGCACAGUUACUGCGCGAGCGCCAGUCUCGGAAGCUGCCCGCACGGCCUACCGUCGUCGCCGAACCACGAGAACGAGUUACUGACCCUGCUCUCGCCGGUGUUGCCGAACCUUUGGAAGCAGGGGAGAAUCGAGACCUGGCCGUUCGGUUAGCGCAGUCGGAGAUCACCCGCAGAGCCACCGUCCGACGGUCUAAAGGUCAGUCGGGACCAUCAAGUGAGGAAGGAAACAACCGUCGCGCUGCCGGGGUCUGGGGCAACUGGGAAAGUGCGUUAGACACAGACAAGCGACCAGCGGACCGCGACUUGAGUCAAAGGAUUCAGGAUAUCAGGACCAAUAUCGAUCAUGCACAGCCGGCUAAGCAGGACCAACGGACCCGAGAAUCUCCCGCACGCGAGAUUCCCUCAUCGGCCGCCGCAUCGGCAUACAAGUAUCCAACUGUUCCACAACAAAGACCACUAGAGCCCAGUGUCUCUCCGGGCCAGAUCGCCAUUCGCGACAAGAACGUGGAGCGCCAUGCGCCUCCUGUCUUGCCUCCGAAAGAGCAUCUCGAACCCAGCAGGGCAUCAUUUGUCGACGGAUCACCAACAUCCACUCCGCCAGCACUCCCGUCCAAGGUGCCACCAGCGCCGCCGCUCCCUAACAAAGUUGGAUCUUUAGAAGACCCGAACUCUAUGAAAUCCGAUCUCAACCCCUCUAGCUAUACCUUCAAACCAUCCGCGUACCUGGAAAAUGGAACUCCUCUGCGCUCAGUGUUUCUUCCAGCCAAUCUUCGUGCCAGCUUCUUAUCUCUGGCGGCUCUUAAUACCCGUCGCAAUUUGGAAACAUGUGGCAUUCUCUGUGGUACCCUGGUUUCCAACGCCCUCUUCAUUUCUCGGCUCGUCAUCCCAGAACAGAUGUCCACCUCCGACACCUGUGAAACGACGAACGAGUCCGCCCUGUUCGACUACUGUGACUCGGAGGAUCUGAUGAUGCUCGGUUGGAUUCACACGCACCCCUCCCAAACGUGCUUUAUGAGCUCGCGUGACCUGCACACGCAUUGUGGCUACCAGGUUAUGUUGCCCGAGAGUAUCGCCAUCGUGUGCGCGCCGAGCAAGGAUCCUGACUGGGGAGUGUUCAGGCUCACGGAUCCUCCAGGCCUGAAGACGGUGCUGAACUGCACUCGGUCCGGAUUGUUCCAUCCACAUGCCGAAGACAACAUCUACACUGGCGCGCUCAGGCCAGGCCAUGUUUUCGAGGUGAAUGGACUCGAGUUUGGGACGGUGGACCUGCGUCCUGGUAGUUCGCAAAGUUGA